AUGUGCUACAACCACAAAGGUCAAGGCAUUGCGAUCGCCUGGUGGAGAAAGACUCUCCAAGGCGCCACGACUCAACAGCUCAAUCGCAGCUGGCAGUUCAGUAGCAGCGUGAAGGAUGUAGUCCUCGGCGCCAAGUACUUCAACUUCAUCGCGUUGGCAGCCCUGACCGCCAAGCUCACGAUCAUUGACGGGACUUUGCUCCAAGAAGCGUUUGGCCAGGAGGUGCGAGCGGAUCCUGCGGCAGCAGUAAAUGUCACCGGUUACGCGAACACCACGAUCCCUAAUACCGGCCGAGUGUCUGGUCGGGCUGCUCAGCCAGGUCUGCUUGCAAAGAACUUCAACGAUAACCUCAAGAUCUGGUCACAAGGUGGUGGUCUCUUGCCGAAUGGCUGGACGACCAGCGCGACUUGUCUUGCACUACAGGAGAAUCUCAGUGCACCGCUCUUCUACCUUGGGUUCGAAGCGACAUAUCGGGAUGGCAAUACUCCCGACACCAACGGCGAUGAUUACUCCUACAUCACCAUGAACAUGAUCUACACCGUGGCAGAAGACGAAAGUGAGGAAGGCACCGGGUCCUGUGCAGGCACCAAGUAUACCCAAACUUGCAUGCUUCGCCCCGCCGUCAUCGACUACCCCGUCGAAAUCCAAGCCUUCAACGACUCGCACACCCAGCCCAGCAUGAGACUCGCAGUCGACGGUCAAAAGAUCAACAACUCCACCUUCCGCGAUUUCAACACUACCCUCAAACAGCAAAACAACUUCAACAUCCACGAAACCCACACCACAGUCAGCGACGACUCCCGCACCCGUCUCGGCGGCAUCGCCCAAGGCCUCAACACCUACCUCGGCGGCAACGCCUCCAUCUACUACGACGCCAUCGCCGGCUUCCAACUAGACCAAACCGGCAACGCCCCCGUCUACCUCGCCAACGACCUCGGAACGCAAGAGGGCAAAACCCAAUCCAAAAACCUCUGCGGCUUCAAAUACAACAACCCCAUGGAACCUCAAACCUUCAAAGACAACGCUGCCGCAGAUCCCGCGCACCAUUACGACGUGCCUAGUAUCGUCGGUAAAAUAAACCAAAUCAUGUUCGCCACAGCCCGCGACAUCUCCAACGAAGACGACGACAAAGACACCGCCGCUGGAACCCUCUCACGCCCCGCCACCGUCUACCGCGACACGAUCCACUACGUAACGCACUUCGGCUACAUGUGGGGCGCCUUCGCAUCCAUGAUAUCCUGCAUUCUCUUUGUCCUGCCGGUAUACUACGGCUACUGGCAGCUCGGCCGGGAAGUGACGCUCGGCCCCUUCGAGAUUGCUGCGGCAUUCCGUGCUCCGAAUCUUUACCACGAGAGUAAUGCGCCGAUCGAUAAGGUCAUCAAGGAGGUGGGCGACAGGCAGGUGAAGUUUGGACAGAUUGUAACGGGAGGCGAUGCGGGAAAGAUUGCUGUGGCGGAGGCGGAGGUUGUUGCGAGGAUUCAUCCGAGUGCGAGUGUGGGUAAGAGUUUGCAGAGUUGGAGGGCGAGUAGACAUGGUGGGACGUCUGCUACGACGGCACCGCCUGGGAGGGCGCAGUAG